GACAAGUUGAUAUUGCUGGUGCUGCCGUUGUGAGGCAUGAAGACCGAUUUUAAGUUCUCCAACCUGCUGGGAACGGUAUAUACCCGCGGAAACCUGCUGUUCUCCCCCAAUGGCAACAGCUUAUUGUCGCCGGUAGGCAAUCGAGUUACGGUCUUUGACCUAGUGAACAACAAGUCGUAUACUCUCCCUUUUGCGCACCGCCGAAACAUCGCCCGACUUGCCCUCAAUCCCCAGGGCAAUCUCCUUCUCACCGUCGACGAAGAUGGACGCGCCAUCCUAACGAACCUCCCCCGUCGCAUUGCCCUCUUCCACUUCUCCUUCCGAACUGCUGUCACAUCCCUCGUCUUUUCACCCUCGGGAAGGCACUUUGCGGCGGCGAUCGGGCGACAGAUCGAGGUAUGGCACACUCCGUCGACACCUGGCUCGAGCGAGGACGGUGACUUGGAGUUCGCCCCGUUCGUGAGACACCGGAUAUAUACCGGACAUUUCGACGAGGUACAAAGCAUCGAAUGGUCAAGCGACUCCCGAUUCUUCCUCACCGCAUCCAAAGAUCUGAGUGCGCGGAUAUGGAGUUUGAACCCGGAAGAAGGGUUUAUUCCGACAUCUCUGAGCGGACAUAGGCAGCCGGUGCUUGCAGCAUGGUUCUCAAAAGAUCAGGAGACAAUAUAUACCAUCAGCAAGGAUGGAGCCCUGUUCCACUGGGGAUAUGUGCCGAAGCCACAACGAGCCGAGGAGGAUAUGGAGAUCGAAGAGGAGAUGCAGUGGAGGAUAAUCGACAAGCAUUACUUCAUGCAAGAUAAUGCCUAUGUCACUUGCGCUGCAUAUCAUGCCUCCUCGAAUCUUCUUGUUGCUGGGUUCUCGAAUGGGAUUUUUGGUCUCUACGAGCUACCUGACUUCUCACAACUCCAAACCCUCAGCAUAUCUCAAAACGAAAUCGACUUCGUCUCCAUAAACCAAAGCGGCGAAUGGCUCGCAUUCGGCGCCUCCAAACUCGGCCAACUCCUCGUCUGGGAAUGGCAAUCCGAAUCCUACAUUCUCAAACAACAAAGCCAUUUUGAUUCCAUCAACUCCAUCGCCUAUUCCCCCGAUGGCCAGCGCAUCAUCACCACGGCCGACGAUGGGAAAAUCAAGGUUUGGGACGUCACUUCGGGCUUCUGUAUCGUCACAUUCACCGAGCAUACGAGUGGAGUCACCGCAUGCGAGUUUGCAAAGCGCGGAAAUGUCCUGUUCACGGCAAGUCUGGACGGCUCGGUAAGAGCCUGGGAUUUGAUACGGUACCGAAAUUUCCGCACCUUCACCGCACCGACGAGGCUAUCAUUCUCUUCGCUUGCAGUUGAUCCCAGUGGCGAAGUCGUCUGUGCCGGGUCUCUCGACUCCUUCGAUAUCCAUGUCUGGUCCGUCCAGACUGGCCAGUUGCUCGAUCAACUCUCCGCACACGAGGGCCCGGUGGCGUCAUUGGCGUUUUCUGCGACGGGCGGGAUGCUUGCGAGCGGGAGUUGGGAUCGAACGGUCAGGUUGUGGAGCGUGUUCGGAAGGACUCAGACGAGUGAGCCACUGCAGUUGCAAGCGGAUGUGUUGUCGGUUGCCUUCCGACCGGAUUCCAAGCAGAUUGCGGUUUCGACUCUCGAUGGGCAAUUGUCGUUCUGGUCGGUUUCCGACGCGGUCCAACAAGGUGGCGUUGACGGUCGUCGUGAUGCGUCUGGAGGUCGCAAAAUCUCCGACCGUCGAACCGCUGCCAAUGUCGCCGGCACCAAAAGCUUCGCAACCAUAACGUACAGCGCCGAUGGUUCGUGCGUGCUCGCAGGUGGCAACAGCAAGUACAUCUGCCUGUACGAAGUGCAAGCCGGCGUCCUCAUCAAGAAGUUCACCGUCUCCGUCAACCUCUCCUUAGACGGCACCCAAGAGUUCCUCAACAGCAAACUGCUCACCGAGGCCGGACCGCGGGGCCUCAUCGACGAGCAAGGCGAGGAAUCUGACCUGGAAAACCGGAUCGAUCGAUCCCUUCCCGGCGCGAGCCGAGGGGAUGCCAGCACGCGCAAAACCCGACCGGAGGUCCGCGUGUCUGCCGCCGCGUUCUCGCCCACCGGCCGUGCGUUCUGCGCGUCAUCCACCGAGGGUCUCUUGAUCUACUCGCUUGACAACGUCAUCCAGUUCGAUCCGUUCGACCUCGAUGUCACCGUCACGCCGGACAGCACGCGCGCGGAGAUGGAGAAAGGAAGCCACCUCAAGGCCUUGGUCAUGGCGUUCCGACUGAAUGACAACUCGCUGGUGCGCCAGGUGUUCGAGCACGUGCCCGCCGCGGAUAUCCCGUUGGUGGUGAAGGACAUGCCGACGGUGUACCUCGACCGAUUCUUGCGAUUCGUGGCGGUGCAGGUGGACGAGACGCCGCAUUUGGAGUUCAACUUGCUCUGGACGGAGGCGGUGCUGCGGAAACACGGGAGGUAUUUGAAGGAUAAUAUCGGCCAGUUCGCGCCGGAGAUGCGGGCGGUGAUGAGAGCAGUAGGGAAAAUUGGAAAGGAGUUGGGGAAAUUGUCAGAGGAGACCUUGUAUUUGGUGGAGUACUUGCUAAACCAGCCGGCGAAAGGAAAGACAAGUGGUGUACAUAGGGAUGAAAACGGGAAUUUGCUAGAAGAGGGGGAGGAUGGGGAUGGGAUGGAGAUGGAGGGAGAAGUUGAGGAAGGGGAAGGCGAAUGGAUAGGGUUCGACUAGUUAAUGGUUAAGCGGCUGUCCCCCUCUCAAUAUGGGGCUACUCGUUCUGUGCUGGUUUACCCCUGAUGGGGAGCAUACGUUGCCUAGCCCCACUCCCAAACGACGGCUGUGACUGGCUUGACAAUGCGUUCUCGUCUUCACCCUCGUCCUCCUUAGCAAUGGGUUUUCUCCUAAAGGCCAGUUGAAGUGCUCCAGAGGCGAGCGCGUGGAGACUUGACGGUUGCAUAGUUGGUUGACUGCUUGUCUCGGGGCCUUCAUCUUCCUCCACCUUUUCUUCUUCCAGAGAUUCAGACUCGACGAGGUCGAAAGCCUCUCGUGCUUUUAGCUGUCGGCGGGCGUGCGGCCGUUGUGUAUGGGCGGGGAAGAUCAUUGUCAACAACC